UUCAAUGACCAUAGUUAUAGUACAUAAUUAGAGCCUAUAGGGAAUUUGAAUGAAAACAUGCCAGUUAGGAAUAUAGUGCUGCUUCCCCUUUAAGAGAACAACUCGCGCACGUAAAAACCGGAGAGCAACGGCAGAGAGAGAAAGCGGAAAGAUCAAAGAUAUUAAUGAGGGAAAUAAUUAAUUAACAAGUUGAUUUUAAGAAGCCAGGAAAGAAGAAAGACAAUACUUACCUGAUCGCGAACCUGAAGGAAACAUAAUUAAAUUAGAAAACAGCGGUUUUGGUCAGGUUUUUUAUUUAAGCACGAAAAACUCCUGUGUGACGAACAAUGAGAGGACUCACGAUACCGAGAGUUUAGAUGGCGAGCCAACCCAGACCAGAGCUUUGAUCCUCAUUCGACGACGAAAGAGACCGAUUACACGCGCUGGAUUGUCGGUAAACUCACUGGAUCACGGAUUGAGCAGGACAACAACCUUUCACCUAUUUCUUCCAUUUUUUUCCCGGGAACAUUUUCUUCCACAACUAUUUUUUUUUUUUCCUUCAUUUUUGAAUUGAACUGAACUACAUCACACAACUGAACCGUGUUGAACUAAAAUACAUUACACAGCAUUUGAACUGAACUCAACUACAUCACACAACUGAAUUGAAUUUAAGUGUUAUAGAUAUUUUUAUUGUAUUGUGUGUGUGUGUGUGUUAUGACAUAAUAUGUGAUUGUUUAUUUUGUUUAUUUUGAGUUUUUUUUUCUCUCGCCUGUAAAAAAAAAAACAAAAAGAAAAGUUAAAUCAGACAAAUUAUCAGCUUUAAUAGGACAUCAAAUACAAGUGGAUCCACUGUAUAAAAAUAAUUAACUUAUUAUUAUUUAUUAGUUUAUUAUUUAUAACUAUUUAUAAUUAUUAAAAAACAAAAGAAAACUAAUAGAAAAAGAUUUCUCUUUUAUAACAUUUACAAGACUUUUCUUAAACAACUUGUCUGUAUAAUAUUGAUUGCCUUUUAGUAAAGUGCCGGCUUUUAUACUAAAGAUCUGGUCUCCAGUCUGAUUUUAUGUUUGUUCCCCCACUCCUUGAGAACCUAGAUCUGGUCCAGUAGUGAAAGUGACGCGUUUGAGUACGCGGGUGCUACAAAAUUUGGCGAGCCAGCCAGGAGUGGCCAAAACAAAUAUAGCACUAGCAUUUAGAGACCAGAUAAUAGCUGUUAAGUUAAUUCAUAAUGGAAGUAGUUCAAACGAGCAGUGUUAAAAUCCCCAAUGCAGUUAUAAUUAGUGGAAUAACCGGCACAGAAUCUGACGAACACGUCUAUGACUUUCUUAAGCAGUAUGGGUCUAUUCAUAGGAUAAUUCCAGUAGAUUCCUCUGAGUCAGAGACCGACAAGCAAGUCAUAGUAGAAUAUGCAUAUGGCACAGCUGUGCAGUCCCUUUCAUCCAUUUUACCUCACAAGCUUCACCAAUUCCAUGCUAGAACCCAAGCUAACACCACUUACCUUAUUAGAACUUUAGCCAGUGCUUACACACCUGUAGUCAGCAAAUCAGUUACUCAGACUUACCUCUCAGAGCUAAAGGAAUUAGCAAAACUGACUGGAAGAGAUUUAACGACUAUCCUAAAAGAAGAGCUUUCCAUCAUCAGUGAAGCUGUUGACCUGGAUAACCCAAUGAAGUCCAACUCACCUAACACUCAAGAGCACGAUAUUACAGAAGCUACUGCUCAAGUUAGUCCUCCGUCCAGUACAGUUCGAGAGCCAUUUGUUCAGCCAGAUCAUAACUGGUCUCCACCACUGGUUUCUUCUGAAAGGAGAACACAGCCUGCAUUGAAACUUUCUGACGUCAGUCCACCUGAAGUACAGCGAGUGAUUGUUGAACACAUAGUUAGAAACGAAGAAUCUGCUAUGCAAUUUCAUGCACCCCUACGACUCAGACCCUUCUCAGGGCGCUGCCCUCACCCCAACAAUGAAGUGAAUUAUGAGACAUGGCGUGCCAAUGUGGAAUUGCUUCUCAAAGAUACAAAACAGCCAGAUUUAUACAAAUCUCGCAAACUCCUUGAAAGCCUUUCAUCGCCCGCCAUUGACAUAGUGAAGCACCUGACACCUGAAUCUCCCCCAGGCAUGUACUUGGAGAUUCUAGAUUCUGCCUUUGGUACUGUUGAAGAUGGAGACGAUUCCUUUGCAAAGUACCUUAAUACUGUGCAAGAUAAUGGUGAGAAGCCUUCAGCUUACCUUCAAAGACUGCAAGUGAUGCUGAACACUGCCUUCAGGAGGGGAGGUGUGUCUGCAAGCGAUCUUGAUCGACAACUUUUAAAACAGUUUAUUAGAGGUUGUUGGGACAACAUCUUAAUAUCUGAACUGCAGCUAGAACAGAAGAAGCAGAACCCACCUACCUUUGCAGAACUUCUCCUGUUGCUCCGCACGGCAGAAGACAAAAGGACCUCCAAAGCAUCGCGUAUGAAGCAGUACUUCAGUGCCUCAAAGCAGAAAGUGUCAUCUCAUUAUCAAGGUGUUUAUUUUCAGUAUGAGGAGGAAUGCAUCCCAUCACAGUCUACUUCUCAUUCCAAGAAUGAAGUUCAAGACCUAAAGAGACAGAUAGCUGACUUACAAUCCCAGCUCACGCGGAUCACGCAGAGAGAUAGUCAAAAAACAUGUAAACCAGCUGCCAAGCCUGUAACUCCCAAGCCAGCCAUUGCAAAGUCUGCUGCUGAUGCUCCUUUACCACAGAAGUCACAGUCACACAGUCGAGAUGCAAAUACCCACAGAAGCAAUAGGCCGAAACCGUGGUAUUGCUUCAGAUGUGGAGAGGAUGGGCACAUCAAACCCCAGUGUGAAGCUGAGCCAAACCCCUCUCUGGUAGCUUCAAAAAGAGAGCAGCUUAGAGAAAAGCAGCUAUCAUGGGACAUUGAGAAUGGUGUUCCAAAGCCUGAUCAUUUAAACUAGUUCCAGUUCCGGUUGGGGGACAAACAGGAACUGAGACACAAGCAAAGUGUCCCAAGAAGAAACAUUGCUCAUCUUAUGCACACUCCCAGAGUAAGGGAGAACUAGUGACCCUACCGAAAGGUUUAAUUGGGGCCAAAUGCACUGCACAAGUGACUGUGGGGAGGAGACGUUGUAAUUGUUUGUUAGAUACAGGCUCUCAAGUGACAACGAUUCCCAAUUCUUUCUAUCAAGAGAACCUGUCUCAUCUGCCGAUUGAAUCAUUAAACAACUUGCUUGAAAUAGAAGGAGCUAAUGGUCAAGAAGUCCCUUACAUUGGGUAUGUUGAGACGACGAUCAAGUUCCCUAGGAGUUUGUUGGGAAAAGACAUUGAAGUUCCCACAUUAGCCCUGAUUGUGCCUGAUAUGCGUUCCACUCUGUCAUCAGUUCUAAUAGGUACCAACACUCUGGAUGCCCUUUAUGAACAAUAUGCAGACACUGCGCCUCAAGACAAUGAUUUAUUACCCUAUGGCUGCAAAGUUGUCUUGAAGACUCUUGAAGUCAGGAAAAGAUGGUCUGUCGAUUCCAGUCUGGGAGAGGUGAGACUACACAGCAGUAGGUCUGAGACAAUUGCAGCUGGUCAGACCCAAGUCCUUAAAGGAACAGUGAAUUACAGGACACCCAAUGCAGGAAGAUGGGUGAUGGUAGAAUCGCCAAAAUCAGCUCCCUUGCCAGGUGGCAUGCUGGUAACAGAUAGCAUAGCAAAUCUACCUACUAAGCUGUCGCGCUGCAUACCAGUCAUUCUGAAAAAUGAGUCAAACCACGACAUUACCUUGUCUCCAAAGGCAGUGAUUGGAGAGAUUCAUGCCAUAAAGAGUGUUCAGUCCAUCGAAUCUUCCACAUCAGACUCCCAAACAAAACCUGAUCACAAACCAAACCUCAGUUUUGACUUUGGAAACUCUCCAGUACCCAGUGAGUGGAAAGAGAGAAUAAUUAAAAGAUUGAACUCCAUGCCAGAAGUGUUUGCACAGCAUGAGCUUGAUUUUGGUCGUACUGACAAAGUUAAACAUCGUAUAAACCUCAACGAUAAAACACCCUUCAAGCAUAGAGCGAGGCCCGUACACCCUCAAGACAUAGAAGCUGUGCGUAACCAUCUUCAUCAACUUCUUGAUGCAGAAAUCAUCCGUGAAUCUGAAUCCCCUUUUUCUUCACCGAUUGUAGUCGUCAGGAAAAAGAAUGGUGAUGUCAGACUGUGCAUUGACUACAGAAAACUGAAUCUUCAAACAGUAAAAGACUCCUAUGCUCUGCCCAAUUUAGAAGAAUCUUUCUCUGCACUGACUGGAUCCAAAUGGUUCUCAGUGAUGGAUCUGAAAUCUGGCUUUUAUCAAAUUGAAAUGGAGGAAGCAGACAAACACAAAACAGCCUUUGUUUGCCCACUAGGGUUCUUCGAGUUCAACAGGAUGCCUCAAGGGAUAACAAAUGCCCCAAGUACAUUCCAGAGGCUCAUGGAACGCUGCAUAGGAGAGUUGAACCUGAAACAAGCACUAGUUUUCCUGGACGAUCUCAUUGUUUUCUCCUCAACGCUUGAAGAGCAUGAAGAGCGGUUGCUGCGAGUGCUAAACAGACUGAAAGAGUAUGGCCUUAAGCUCUCACCAGAAAAAUGCAAGUUCUUUCAGACAUCUGUGAAGUACUUAGGCCACAUUGUGUCUACAAAGGGCAUUGAAACAGACCCGGAGAAGAUAGCAGCUUUAAAAACCUGGCCAAAACCAAACAAUUUGAAAGAGUUAAGAACAUUUCUGGGAUUCUGUGGCUACUAUCGCCGAUUCAUCAAGGGCUAUUCAAAGAUGGUGAAGCCACUCAAUGAACUUACUGCAGGAUAUCCACCUCUGAGAAAACGUAUUAGUGCCGCAGGUAAAGCUAAGAGAUACCA